AUGCGUGCCGACAACGCCGGAAACCGCAUCUCGUGGAACUCUGCAAACGAAACAUACCGCUACAAGCCCAAGUUGCAGAUCCGCAACGCCGCACAGCUCAAGGGCUACCUGCAAAGUCAGAAGAGUGCCAUGGGUUUGAGCAUCAAGGAUUUGAAGGACGGAUGGGCGACGGUGGCGGAUGAUAUCAAGCUCAUGGAGGACAAAAAUGAGGUCUUGGUCAAGCGGACCAAGGAUGGCGUGGCCAGGACGGUCUGGAAUAACGACCCCAGCAUGAUGCAUCCCAUGGAGCCCGAGUUUGCCCAGAUGUGGCAUCGUAUUGCCAUCCCGGCUAAUCCCGACGAGUUGAGGUCUGCUCUGCAGGGUGCAGGGCUGGUGGCGGCGACGCAGAAGAAGGAGGUGGUUGCGACCAACAAGAACAAAAAGGCAAAGGCGCCAAGGAAAAAUGGUAAACAGACGAAUACCCACAUGGCACAUUUGCUCAAGGAUUUCUCCGGUAUGAGGAAAUAG